CCCGCUCCGCGCUGCUCCCACCAAGUGUCUCAACACUGUGAGCGGGAUCUUUUCCAGAGGCGAGCCCCUGAAACUUGCCCAGUAUCCACAGUCUCAUUCACAGGAGCCAGGAAGAGGAACAUCGGCAGCUUAAAGUAGCGGGGAGGAGCCUUCGUCUUCUCCCCCCUUUGAUCAGACACUGAAAAGCCAGCCACACCAAUCUACUCCUGUCUGUCCCUCUCAGUCACUCAGUGUGUUUCCUCCUCUUGGUGCGUCGCUUCUCCUCUUGAUUGUUGCCGCUGCCGCUUCGGGAGUGGAGGGGGUGUUGAUGAGUUAGGACUGGAAGCAGAGCAACACCUUGCAUGCCAUGGAAGUGUGCGCCCGGUGCAGGAGAAUGUGCGGGCUGAGAGGGGGACCCACCGCCUGAUGAGCCAGCCUCUGUCCCAGACCAGGGGAGCAUGCCUCAGACCUGCAGACUCACUCUCUUCGCUGCAGAGGAGUUCCCAUCAGACUGUCUUUCCACAAUCUGACAUUUUUAUCUUUUCACCGCCAACAUUUGCUCCACUUCAUUCUCGCUUUGUCUGGCUUCACUGCUUUUCAUAAAAGGUAAGAGUAUGACGGUGAGGGGAUCAAUGAUGAGCAUUUCUGAACCCACUCGGCUUGGACUUUUCUGAUGAGAACCUGUUAGUCGCAACAUAGAUCUGCAACAAACCAUCGACGCCAGUCACCAUGGCAUGCUCCCUGUGGAAACUACAGACCCUCUGCUGGUUUCUCAUCACGCUGGCCCAAGUACACUCCACAGAGGGGUUUAGUCGAGCUGCCCUGCCAUUUGGCUUAGUAAGGAGAGAGCUGUCUUGUGAGGGUUACCCCAUCGAUCUGCGGUGUCCAGGAAGUGAUGUCAUAAUGAUCGAAAGUGCCAACUACGGUCGAACAGAUGACAAGAUCUGCGACGCUGACCCUUUCCAGAUGGAGAAUAUCAACUGCUAUCUCCCAGACGCAUACAAGAUUAUGUCACAAAGAUGCAACAAUCGGACACAGUGUAUCGUCAUCACGGGUUCAGAUGUCUUUCCCGACCCCUGCCCAGGGACUUACAAGUACCUGGAGGUCCAGUAUGAGUGUGUGCCCUACAGUCCAUGCCCAACCAGAAUAGGACCAAGAUCACAGAAUGUAUCCUAUCGCAACUGCCCUGAAGUGGAGCAAAAAGUUUUUCUUUGUCCCGGGACUCUGAAAGCUGUCGGUGAACCUUCCUUUCUAUUUGAAGCGGAGCAACAAGCUGGUGCCUGGUGCAAAGACCCGCUGCAAGCUGCUGACAAAAUCUACUUCAUGCCUUGGACUCCCUAUAGGACAGAUACUCUGAUUGAGUAUUCCUCCCUGGAUGACUUCAGAAAUGCUCGGCAAACCAUCACCUACAAGCUGCCUCAUCGGGUGGAUGGGACUGGAUUUGUGGUCUAUGAUGGGGCUGUGUUUUUCAACAAGGAGCGGACCCGCAACAUUGUGAAGUUUGACCUGCGGACUCGAAUUAAAAGUGGCGAAGCCAUCAUCAAUAAUGCCAACUACCAUGACACAUCACCCUACAAGUGGGGAGGGAAAACAGACAUUGACCUGGCAGUGGACGAAAAUGGCCUGUGGGUAAUCUAUGCCACAGAGCAGAACAACGGCAUGAUGGUAAUCAGCCAGUUGAAUCCCUACACACUACGAUUUGAGGCUACUUGGGACACAGCUUACGAUAAACGCUCAGCCUCCAAUGCCUUCAUGGUUUGCGGAGUACUGUAUGUAGUGCGCUCGACCUAUGAAGACAAUGAAAGUGAGGUUAGCAAGAGCCUGAUCGAUUAUAUUUACAACACCAAACAGAACCGUGGGGAAUACGUUGACAUCCACUUUCCCAACCAGCACCAGUACAUUGCAGCUGUGGAUUAUAAUCCGCGAGAUAACCAGCUCUAUGUGUGGAAUAACUUUUACAUCCUGAGAUACAAUCUGGAGUUUGGCCCACCCGAUCCAGCACAUGCACCGCCGCUGUCAGAAGUCACCACGUCUCCUCAGCCGCAGCGAACUACAACCACUGUUACAACAACUACGGCACACAGGGGUGUUGCCAACACAACCACCACGAUAGGGUACAAGGAGGGCAGCAGAGGAGCACCCAAGCCACCUCCUGUGAUUCCACAUACUACUCCCCCGCCACCCCUGGAGUCCUUCCCCUUACCCGAGCGCUUCUGCAAGGCUACAGAGAAAAGAGAUAUAAUGUGGCCUCAGACCCAGAGGGGCAUGCUGGUGGAGCGACCUUGUCCAAAGGGAACACGAGGCACGGCAUCUUAUUUAUGUGUCCUUUCCACUGGAGACUGGCACCCAAAGGGCCCCGAUCUCAGCAACUGCACCUCCCACUGGGUUAACCAAGUAGCCCAGAAGAUCCGCAGUGGUGAAAAUGCAGCUAACUUGGCCAACGAGUUAGCCAAGCACACCAAAGGCCCCAUCUUUGCUGGGGAUGUGAGCUCCUCGGUGCGCCUGAUGGAGCAGCUGGUGGACAUCCUGGACGCUCAGCUGCAGGAGCUCAGGCCGAGCGAGAAGGAUUCAGCAGGAAGGAGCUUCAAUAAGCUUCAAAAGCGAGAAAGGACAUGCAGGGCAUACAUGAAGGCUAUUGUGGACACGGUAGAUAACCUCCUGCGACCGGAGGCCCUGAAGUCCUGGCAGGACAUGAACAGCACUGAGCAAACCCAUGCCGCCACCAUGUUACUGGAUACUUUGGAAGAAGGGGCCUUCGUCCUUGCCGACAACCUCAUGGAGCCUGCCGUAGUCAACGUUCCUGCAGAUAAUAUAAUCCUGAACGUCUACGUACUCAGCACAGAUGGCCAAGUUCAAGAUUUUAAAUUUCCACAACCUAGCAAGGGUGGGAUUUCAAUCCAGCUAUCAGCCAAUACAGUGAAACUCAACAGCCGCAACGGCGUUGCCAAGCUGGUGUUUGUGCUGUACAAAAACCUCAGCCAGUUCCUCAGCACAGAAAAUGCAACCAUCAAGAUGGCCAACGAGGCUUACGGCCGUAACGUGUCGGUGGCUGUCAAUUCUGAUAUCAUCGCAGCUUCAAUCAACAAGGAGUCCAGCCGUGUGUUCAUUAAUGACCCGGUGAUUUUUACCCUGGAGCACAUUGAUAUGGAGCACUACUUCAACUCCAAUUGCUCCUUCUGGAAUUACUCUGAGAGGAGCAUGAUGGGCCACUGGUCCACCCAAGGGUGCAAACUUUUGGACUCCAAUAAAACACACACAACCUGCUCGUGCAGCCAUCUCACCAACUUUGCUAUCCUCAUGGCACACCGAGAAAUCAAGACGAACAGCGGACCACAUGAAUAUCUCCUGACUGUGAUCACUCGAGUCGGCAUCGUGGUGUCACUCGUCUGCCUCAUCAUCAGCAUCUUCACCUUCUGCUUUUUCCGAGGCUUGCAGAGCGAUCGCAAUACCAUACACAAGAACCUGUGCAUUAAUCUCUUCAUCGCAGAGUUAAUAUUUUUAAUUGGUAUCGAUAUGACGAAACUUGAGAUCGGAUGUGCCAUUAUAGCAGGAAUCCUUCACUUCUUCUUCUUGGCUUCCUUUACCUGGAUGUGUCUUGAGGGCGUCCAGCUGUAUCUCAUGCUCGUGGAGGUCUUUGAGAGUGAAUAUUCACGGAAAAAGUAUUACUACGUGUCUGGUUAUCUCUUUCCUGCCAUCGUAGUCAGUGUCUCCGCAGCCAUCGACUACAAGAGCUACGGGACUGAGAAGGCGUGCUGGCUAAGUGUGGAUAAUCAUUUCAUAUGGAGUUUUAUAGGACCUGUCACCUUUAUCAUCAUGCUCAAUCUCAUCUUUCUGGUGAUCACGAUGUACAAAAUGGUGAAGCACUCUACUACCCUGAAACCAGACUCUAGUCGACUGGAAAAUAUAAAUAAUUAUCGCGUUUGUGAUGGCUACUAUAAUACAGAUUUGCCUGGCUAUGAAGAUAAUAAACGAUUUAUCAAAUCCUGGGUCAUGGGGGCCUUCGCUCUGCUGUUCCUUCUGGGUCUCACAUGGUCCUUUGGGCUCUUCUUCAUCAGCGAGGCCUCACUAGUCAUGGCGUACCUUUUUACCAUUUUUAACACCUUUCAAGGAAUGUUUAUCUUCAUUUUCCACUGCCUUCUCCAGAAAAAAGUCCGCAAAGAGUACAGCAAGUGCUUCCGCCACACGUACUGCUGCGGAGGCCUGCCGACAGAGAGCUCGCACGGCCCUGCAAAGACCUCCACCACACGGACCAGCGCUCGCUACUCUUCUGGUACACAGAGUCGUAUCAGGAGAAUGUGGAAUGACACCGUAAGAAAGCAAUCUGAGUCCUCCUUUAUCUCAGGUGACAUCAACAGCACCUCCACCCUUAACCAAGGAAUGACCGGAAAUUAUCUACUAACAAAUCCUCUGCUGCGACCACAAGGCACUAACAACCCUUAUAACACCUUACUGGCUGAGACAGUCGUAUGUAACACCCCCACGGCUCCAGUGUUUAACUCGCCAGUGACCUACAGAGAGACAAGGCACUCACUGAACAGUGCGGUGAGGGAUACAAGUGCAAUGGAUACUCUACCGCUAAAUGGUAACUUUAAUAAUAGCUACUCGCUCCGUAAUGGGGACUUUGGCGACAGUGUGCAGGUAGUAGACUGCGGCCUCAGUCUGGACGAUGCUGCCUUCGAGAAAAUGAUCAUCUCCGAGCUAGUACACAACAACCUGCGUGCCUGUAACAAAAGCCACCAACAGCAGCAGCACCACAGUUUACAUCAUCCACCCCACCACCAGCAGCCGCCGCAGUACCACCAUCACCACCACACGGAGCGGGCUCCGCCCAAGGUGACGGUGGUGGGUGGCAGCAGCAGUGAUGAUGACGCCAUCGUCGCUGACGCCUCGUCGCUGGUGCACAUGGGUGAUGCCGUGGGCCUCGAGCUGCACCAUCAACAGGAGCUGGAGGCACCGCUCAUCCCCCAGCGGACUCACUCUCUUCUGUACGCACCCCAGAAGAAGGUGAGGACCGAUGGGGGAGUGGAUACCUUUGUCAGCCAGCUGACGCCCACCAACCCCGAUGAUAAUCUACAGUCCCCGAACCGAGACUCUUUGUACACUAGUAUGCCUAAUCUGAGAGACUCUCCAUACCCCGAGAGCAGCCCCGACGUGGUGGAGGACCUGUCCCCCUCCAAGAGGAGCGAGAAUGAGGACGUUUACUACAAGAGCAUGCCUAACUUGGGCUCUGGUCACCAGCUUCAAGCCUAUUACCAAAUAGGCCGAGGAAGCAGCGAUGGUUAUAUUAUCCCCAUUACUAAAGAGGACUGUAUCCCUGAGGGCGAUGUAAGAGAAGGACAGAUGCAGUUAGUGACAAGCCUUUAAAUGUAUUUAAAUCAUCCCAACACCUCUUCCUCUACGUCUGCUUCCCCGACCUCCAGGAACACGCACUAUUGAAGGAAAGGGAUGUGCUCGUUUCAGUUUUGAAGAGAGCCCCGAAGCAGCAUCACCUUCCCUUGCCUUGUGCAGCCCUCCUCUUCCUCAUUGGCAUCACCACCCCCACCCCCACUGUAGACAUGCCACUCUUGCUCCCUUCCUGCAGACCAAUAGACUCGGAGCACAGCAAUGGCAGUGCAAAGUUUUAAUGAGACUGUACAUACAAUGCAGAGUUGAAUUUCAAUUUUAAGACAAGCCAACUAUGUAUUUAAAUGUGCUGCUGCUGUUGAAUAAAUUUAAGGUACGAAAGUCGGAAAAAAAAACAA